AUGGAUUGCACAUUACGUGAUCAACGACGCACUUUAUUGGAGACCACGAAUCAAGAAUUUGCCGUCGUGCCUUUUAGCAUUGCGACGGAAAAGCCUUUCACAACCUCACCUUUUCCACCUCUACAUAGAGAAAAACAGUUCUAUCAGCCUAAUAGCCCUGUACCUAAUGAUUUCUCCACUAUCAGCAGCCCCUCAGAGACCCAUACAUAUCCGCUUAAAAAACGACAACGGAAAAACGGGAAUCAAUUGGAUGUUUUAAAGAAAGAGUUCAUACCUGGACGAAUGUGGGAUAAGAAUAAAAUCGAAGAAAUAGCCUUAACUACUGGGCUGAAUGAAGGACAAAUCUACAAGUGGGGGUGGGAUCAAUUUCAAAAAUCAAGAACUAGAAAGAAAUAUGAGGCAGAGCCUGACCUUGUAUGUCUGGAGAGCUUAUCUCCUACUGCUCUAGAGGCUGAUUUUUUGAAAGUUUUGAGGUCGUAUAAGCUUUCUGUAGCAACAAUGGCCGUCCAAAAAAGUUUGGUUGGAAAAUAA